AUGCUUCUGCACACCGACAUUUUGCAUCUACCAGACUCGCAGCAGGAGAUAGAAGAAUCCAAAGACUCAAGAGUUGACCUCCUUCAUAUCAAUUCUCCUUCUAACAAAAUUGGUGCCAGACCUUUCCAGCAACAAGGUUCUAUUCUUACCAAUGAAACCCACCCCCCAUACAUUCCAAGAAACUUCCUUACUGCAUCAAAAGAUAAAACACCCUAUGUGAAUCGACCAGCUCUGAUGCCGGGACCUAGUGUGGCAGGUUAG